UUAGGCAAAGCUAGCUUGAAACGCGAUCAAACCAGUCAGUUAGCUCACGGCACCCGGAGGCGACGAGUCGACAGAUCAGAGCAUCAAUUUCUACAACUAUUGACGACAUUUUGAUUGUUUAAUCGCAAUUUAAGGAGACAUUUGGGAGAAAUUCAGCGCCGUCGACAGAACACUGAGCCCAAGAUGAAUCGGUUCCUGGUCCUGCUUGUCGUGUUGGCCCUGGUCCUGGGCCUAGCCGCUGCGAGGUCUGAGCCAAGAAAAAACAAAGGAAAGAACAAGGAGGGCGGAAGGAGAGAAGGAAAAGGCAACAACACGUCUGCAGCCCAGAUGGAAUGGAUCUGGAGCGAGUGCGUGCCGAACACGGGAUCAUGCGGUAAGGGGCAAAAGAUCGGUAACUGCAGUGGUGAGCCAUGUGAAGUAGCCACGAAGACUGUCGACUGCCGCGUCAAGUGCGCAAAGGAAGCGGUCAACAAUGAAGCACCGGUUGCAGUCGAUGAUGAGGAAGCGGUCGCCACCGUAGCUCCAGCUCGAGGCGGUGGUAGACCCGGUAAAGGGCGUCGACCGGGCAAAGACGGGAACGGAAAGGGCCGGGAAAAUAGCGGAACCGGAAACGGAAGGAGGCCGGAGAAGCCAUCACGAGGGGGCCGUAAACCCAACAAGAAUGAUAAACCAGCAAAAGCUAAAGAAUGCAAAUACUCCCGAGCGACGCUAUCCGAAUGCGACCUGACCCGGAACCAAAUGAACAGGACGAAGGUCCUCAAGGGAACCCCUACCUCAGAGUGCCCGGAAGUAGUCGUUGAAUCCAUCCGAUGUGAUAGGCAGUCAAUCAGGAAUGAAAACAGAAAUUGUAACUACACCCGGGGUGAGUUUGGACCUUGCAACGAGACGACAAACCUUAGGACCAGAGAGGACACCCUCACCGACAUCGCCCAGGUUUCAGAGGAAUGCAGACUGGUCAGGACCAUUGAGCAUGAGUGCUCUAAACCAGAACAUAGAGGUAGGCCCAUGCGAUGCAGAUAUAACUGGGAACAAGCUCCUACCUGUAAUGAAACAACAAACCAAAUCACCAUGACUGGCUCGCUUGUGGUCGUAGAGGGCGCCCCAGCUGAAUGCGAAGCUGUCAGGACGCAUGAACUGCCUUGCAAGAAAGGAAAAGUUCCAUGUACUCUGGGUGAAUGGGGUGAAUACAGCGAGUGCCUUGACGGUAUGCAGACUCGAACCCGUGACCUGCAGAAAGGCCCUCACGUCUGCCAACGUCUCACCAAGGAGUCGGCCACUUGCGAGUAACAUGAAGAUGGCAUAUAACAUGCAAAACCGUCCUAAUAAUACAACAAGGAUUAUAGCAAGUUGGACUGGGCUCAGGUAGGGUAUGGUCCAGGGGUAUAGUGGGCAAGAUAAGAUAAUAUUGGGAGUGGUCAGGAUGAUGUGGGCGGAGUUUUGGUGAGGGAGGGUGUGGUCUGGGGUCGGAUGGAGUGGGUGGUCGGGUUAUUAUAUUUUGGUAAAAUUACAGCCGACAGUUUAUUUCUUAUAACUCAUUCGCAUAAAUGAGUGUAAAAUGUGUGUGAUUUGAAUUAAUGAAAAUGUUAAGGUCUAUUCAGUGAAAAAAAGUGAAAUCAAUCAAUGGUAGAUUUUAGAUUUUUAAAACUCGAAAAGAAAGGUGCAAUUAAAGAUAGUGAAGAAUGUUAUGCAAAUGUAAACGUACUAAUGUGAAAUGAUUCGUUUAUUUUUUAAUUGUUUGAUAUAACUAUAUCAUAACGAACACUUAAUGUUAUUUGUUAUGCUUUGGGGAUAAUUCUUUAUGGUUAUCAUUACUUUCGAAUUCGCCUGUCACCACAUAGGCAAUUCCAAUUAUUUCAUGUUUAAUGUAUUGUCACGUCAUGGUUAAAGAUGUUGGUCGUUAUAGUUUGCUGAUUUUUUGUACUUUGUAUUUUCUUUAAACUUUUAAGUAAAGGAAUAAAAGAUGAAUUUGAAGCGCA